GUUGGUACCAAAUUACUGGAUAGCGGCCACUGGGGACGGCCCGAAGACAUGACUAUGGCCAGACCACCAGACAUGGUGGAUGCUACCUCACCAGGAUCAGAUGUAGCCGGGGAAACGGCGGCCGCAUUGGCUGCGUCGUCACUCCUAUUCCAAGAAUCCGAUCCCGCGUAUUCUGCUACUUUGUUGCAGCAUGCCGCCGAGUUGUUCAAUUUUGCCAAUACAUACCGCGGCAUAUAUCCUGGUCAAGAUUACAGUUCAACUAGUUAUGGCGACGAAUUGGCAUUGGCUGCGUGUUGGUUAUACUACGCCACCAACGACAUAUCAUAUAUUCAGACAGCAGAAGCGUUGUAUGACGAGUUUACGCUUGGAACGCCAUCGUGGGCGUACUCGCACCAACAGAAGAACCCCGCUGUGCAGAUUCUGCUGUACCAGUACAACCAAGACCAGCGUUAUCGCGAUGCAAUCACCACGUACAUGGAUAUGUGGUUACCGGGUGGUAGUAUACCACGUACACCAAAAGGUCUGGUGUACAGAAAUCAAUGGGGACCUCUACGUUAUGCAGCAAAUACUGCCUAUCUAGCGCUGGUGGCAGCGGACCUUGGAAUCAAUCCAGUUGCACACAGAGACUUUGCAAAAACUCAGAUCCGUUACAUACUAGGAGACUCCGGUCGCAGUUACGUGGUUGGAUACGGGGUCAACCCCCCUGAACGGCCCAAGCACGAAUCAAGUUCCUGUCCUGAUAUACCCGAAGAAUGUGAUUUUACCGACUACCAGAGUCCAGAUCCCAACCCUCAAAUACUGUAUGGUGCUCUUGUCGGUGGACCUGAUAUCAACGACAACUGGAUAGAUGACAGAACUAAUUCUAAAACCAAUAAAGUCUCUUGCGAUUUCAACGCCGGAUUUCAAUCUGCAAUUGCCGGUAUGACAUUCAAUCGUUGUAAAUAG